AUGUCUCACUCCUCAGGAGGCUACUUCACUUGCACCUACGAGUACCACGCGCCGUACACCGAUACGAAGGGUGUCUCUCAUGUCGACAAAUCGCACAAGUCCCGAUUGUAUUCUAGCACAAAGAAAAACACCCAUGAGGGCCUGCGGCGAUGGUAUGACGACACAUUCAGGCCCGCCGCGAAGCGACACGUUGAGGAGGUGUUCCUGAAUAAGAUCAACAACGGCAACACAAAGGGUCUCACAUACGCCCCGUUUGACGAGAACAAUCUAUGCAUGGUGGGAAAGCCUGAGUGGAGUGAGAACGAGCCGAAUGGGAGGGAGAUCUCAAUUCGUUGA